AUGGGUGAACACCUCGGCGACGAUGACGAGGAGAAGAAUGGCCAUUCCCAGUCACAAUCACAAUCAUCCCAGAGCAACUCCCUUUUAAUCGAAAGCCCCGCUGCUCUCGACCCUGACGAGGGAACCCACGGCCUGGCUCAUGACAAUGACAAUGAAGACGAAGCCAAUGGCGCCGGUCCGCCCGCAGAACCCCCGAGCGAGAGCCCGGUCGCUUCUCCCGGCGAACCCCGCGCUGGCGAUGCACCGGACCCAGUGCCGCCGCCGUACUCCAUCUUCACCCUCUGGGAGAAACGCUUCAUCGUGCUGGGAGCGUCCUUGAGCGCUUUCUUCUCGCCGCUGACAGCCCAGAUCUACCUCCCUGCCCUCAACGUCCUGGCCAAGGACUUCAACGUCUCCGCAAGCAAGAUGAACCUGACAGUCACCACUUACAUGGUCUUUCAAGGCAUAACUCCCAUGUUCGUGGGUGGCUUCGCAGACACCGCCGGCCGCCGCCCCGCCUACGUCUUCUGUUUCGUUGUAUAUAUCGCCGCCAAUAUCGGGCUGGCACUGAGCAACAACUAUGUGAGCCUGAUCGUCGUCCGCUGCCUCCAAUCCGCCGGUUCUGCGAGCACGGUCGCCCUAUGUCAAGCUGUUGUUGCAGACACCAUCACCAGCGCGGAAAGGGGCCAGUAUAUAGGAAUCACCGUCCUGCCUAUCGUGCUGGCGCCCUCGCUCGGCCCUGUACUGGGUGGUAUCUUGUCUCAAUAUCUUGGCUGGAGAGCAAUCUUUUGGUUCUUAACCAUCCUCGCCGCCAUUUGUUUGGUUCUGAUGCUGCUCUUCUUCCCCGAGACAUGUCGAGCAAUUGUCGGCGACGGGUCGAUACGGCCACACCCGGCUUAUCGCACAGUAUCUCAGCUACUCAAGGAUAGAUAUCGCCGGCGGAAAGCGGAGAGGUCGGGCAAUGCGCUUGACCUCCAACGUACUAACACCUCCGCCUCCCGAGCCUCUCGCCGCAAGCUAAAAGUCAAGUUUGGGAACCCGCUGAACUCUCUCUUCCUUCUCUUUGAGAAAGAGCUGGGCCUCCUACUCUCUUAUAGCGCCAUCGUCUUUGCUGGAUUCUACGCCAUUGCCACGGCCAUGCCCAGUCAGUUCGCCGAGAUUUAUGGCUUCGAUGACCUUAAGGUCGGUCUAAUGUACCUGCCCAUGGCUGGAGGGUCUCUUGUGGCAGCAUUUAUUGUCGGCCCGACCAUGAACUGGAACUACCGACGACAUGCAGCAAAGCUUGGUCUCCCCGUGGACAAGCGUCGACAGGAGGACCUAAGCAAAUUUCCCAUUGAACGCGCCCGCCUGGAGAUUGGUCUGCCGCUGCUUGCUCUCGCCACCGGAGUCCUUCUCUCCUGGGGUUGGGCCCUUCAAUAUCGCGCAAGCGUAGCAGUUCCGUGUGUGUUGCUCUUUCUGAUGGGAGUUGGAAUGAUUGGGUUCAACAACACAUCGAAUGUCCUCAUCGUUGACAUCUAUCCUGGCAAAGCCGGAGCUGCAACCGCCUCUAACAACCUGAGUAGAUGUCUACUCGGUGCAGUAGCCAGUGCUGUGAUCGUGCCCAUGAUUAAUGCUAUGGGAUCUGGCUGGGCCUUCACCCUGAUCGGACUGUUAUAUCUGGUGUUUGCACCGGUUUUAUUACUGAUUAUGAAGUACGGUAUAAAAUGGAGAAAGGAGAUCCGAGAUAAAGAGGAGCGCAGAAUGGCAGCGAAGGCGGAGAAGAAGUCCAGACAACAGCCGCCACACGAUGAGGUCGCUGACGACACAGACGAACCUGAGCCGAGUGCCAGGGUAGAGAAAGAUUGA